CGUGCGCGGUGCGGCCCCUGCCCGGCCGCCGCCGCCGCGGCGAUGCCUAUUUUAGUCAAAGCCGCUGAGGACGCAGGGACCCAGCCCCGGCCGCCGAGCCUCCAGACCCGCCCGCCGCCCGAGGAUCGCGCGUCGGGCGCCCGUCGAGCCGCUGCGCCCGUAGCCCCGGUGGCUCGUGCCCCGCCGCGGGCGCUUCAAACUUUGGCCAUUUGAGCCCGGGCUCGGUGCCGGGAACAAGUCAGAUUAGCAGAUGGUUAAUUUUUCCUAUCUUCCUUCCCACCCCCUUGGACCAAAAUGUGUUGCUUUUAAUGGCAUCUUAAACAACUUUUGUAAACCUGUAAGUGAGCUGCAGCGUUUAGCAGACAGCGCAGGUGUUAUCAGUGGGAUAGGAGGAAUUGUCAAGAUGAACUAUACGGAGUCCAGCCCAUUGGCAGAACGGGCUACAGCAGGUUUUACAUCUGAGUUUGAAAAUAUCAUACCCGUGCCUUCCAAUAUCACCACUUGUGAAAACUGGAGAGAGAUACAUCAUCUAGUUUUUCAUGUAGCAAACAUCUGUUUUGCAAUUGGAUUGGUUAUUCCAACCACACUUCACCUUCAUAUGAUACUUCUUAGGGGAAUGAUGACUAUAGGGUGUACCCUUUAUAUCGUCUGGGCCACUCUCUUCCGAUGUGCCUUGGAUAUCAUGAUCUGGAACUCAGUGUUUUUGGGUGUCAACAUGUUACAUCUUUCCUAUCUUUUGUAUAAGAAAAGACCGGUGAAGAUCAACAAGGAGCUCCAUGGCAUCUACCGGCGAUUGUUCGAACCACUCCGUGUGCCUCCAGAUUUGUUCAGAAGAUUAACCGGACAGUUUUGCAUGAUUCAGACGUUGAAAAAGGGCCAGACCUACGCUGCAGAGGAUAAAACCUCUGUUGAUGACCGUCUGAGUAUUCUCCUGAAGGGAAAAAUGAAGGUCUCCUAUCGAGGACAUUUUCUGCAUAACAUUUACCCCUGUGCCUUUAUAGAUUCUCCAGAAUUUAGAUCAACUCAGAUGCACAAAGGUGAAAAAUUCCAGGUAACCAUUGUUGCAGAUGAUAACUGCAGAUUUUUAUGCUGGUCAAGAGAAAGAUUAACCUACUUUCUGGAAUCGGAACCUUUCUUAUAUGAAAUAUUUAGGUAUCUGAUAGGCAAAGACAUCACAAAUAAGCUCUACUCACUGAAUGAUCCCACCUUAAAUGAUAAAAAGGCCAAGAAACUGGAGCAGCAGCUCAGCCUCUGCACUCAGAUCUCCAUGCUGGAGAUGAGGAACAGCAUCGCCAGCUCCAGCGACAGUGAAGACGGCUUGCACCAGUUUCUGCGGGGCUCCUCCAGCGGAUCCUCACUUCAUAUGUCCUCCCCACACCAGCGCUCCUCAGCCAAGAUGAAGCCAAUAGAAGAAGGGGUGGAAGAUGACGAUGAGGUCUUUGAAUCCGUGUCUCCAAAUACACUCAAAGCCCGUCAGCUGCCUUGAUCAGGGAGACAGUUGGAGUGACUGAGACGGAAGGGGCUUGAAGAGAUCAUGACAAAUACCAGCACUUUCUCGUGGGCUUUAAGUUAUUCUGUUUUUAGCACAUCCAGACUAGCAGGGUCUGAGGGCAGGUCGAGGUGGGAAGGUCAUCUUCCUGAUCUUUUUAUUGGUCAGCUUUUCAGAUAGUUCAUUUACUGAGCCCUCUGACCAGACCUCAUUCUAUUUUGAGAUCAUAUUUCACAGU